AGGACAGCAGCUCCAUGUUAAAUUCAGAACGGCGGCUUCCAUUUAGCCUGUAGAUUUUCAAUACCUCUUAAUGGCUGCUAAUGAUGUUUGGCUUGCCUAUUCACUCAAAAGGGAUUAAGAAGUGGAGUGGGAGAGCUAUUAAACACCCAUAUGCUGGAUGGAAUGGCUUUACUGCGGGCAGGAAAACAGGGUGGCUCUCAGCGCGCUGCUGGUAGCUGCUCUGUAUUUAUAGAGCUCGGCAGGGGGGAGUCAUUUGGCAAAGUGCCUGCUCUUCGAUCGCCAGAUUUACAGGUCCCCUCCGAGACCCACGGGGGGCUGAAGAAGGGGGAUUUACGGCCUGUUCCCCAGCACUUCCUCCAGACAGCAGAGCACCCUCUCUGGCCCCCAUCUGCGUCUCUCACGCUUACCACUGCAGCCUGCUCUUUUUUCUUUUUUUUUCCUCUCUAUCUCUCAUUCCCUCAGUCACCCCCCUCCUCUCGUUCUCUCCCUCUCCCUCCCUCUCUCUCUCUCUCUCUUUCUCUCUCUCACGCUCUCUGUUCAACCUCUCGCUUCGCCUCUCUUGCUGGGUCAGACACACAGACAGCGGACUGCAGCCCCAGCCCUGACCUUGUCGUGUGGCGCUGCCAUCACACUGACAGCGUCUACCUGCCAGUUCUGCCACGUUGUGCGAAAAGAGAACGCGUGCCGAAGAGAGAGAGAGGAGGGGAGAGGCGGGGGAGGAAGAGCUGGUGGAGUGGAGGAGGAGGAGGAGGAGAGGGAGGUGGAGGGAGAAGAAGAAGAAGCAGAAGAAGAAGAAGAAGAAGAAGAAGAAGCAGGCAUUGGGAAGGAACACAAGAGCGAGAGGACUGGGAGAGAUAAGGAGUAGUUGUAGAUAGGUAGGCACAGAUGAGUUGCUCGGUGUGGGGCAGUCCACACUCUGCCUCUCUUCCUCUCUCACGUGGCGGAAGACUGGACUCUCUUCGGCAAACCCUCAAUGGACCUGAACUCCAACCUAGGGGGCGACAGGGAGCGGAUGACAGCCAACCAUGAGACAUAUCUCCUUAUGGCCAGCACCCAGAAUGACAUGGAGGAUUGGGUGAAGUCUAUCCGCAGGGUUAUCUGGGCACCCUUUGGGGGAGGGAUCUUUGGUCAGAAGCUUGAGGAGACGGUGAAGUAUGAGAAGCGUUACGGGAACAAGAUGGCCCCCAUGCUGGUUGAACAGUGUGUGGACUUCAUCCGGCAGUGGGGCCUUCAGGAGGAGGGCCUCUUCCGUCUGCCAGGCCAGGCCAACCUGGUGAAGGAGCUCCAGGAUGCAUUUGACUGCGGAGAGAAGCCCUCGUUUGAUUGUAAUACAGAUGUGCACACCGUGGCCUCUCUGCUGAAGCUUUAUCUCAGGGAGCUCCCUGAGCCAGUAAUCCCUUUCGCCAAGUAUGAGGAGUUCCUGGCCUGCACCAAGCUCCACAGCAAGGACCAGGACACCGGAAUGAAGGAACUAAAAACACAAGUUGAAAGUCUACCUCCUGUGAAUUACAACCUGCUGAAGUACAUAUGCAGGUUUCUAGAUGAAGUGCAGUCCUACUCUGGAGUGAAUAAAAUGAGUGUACAAAACCUGGCAACUGUCUUCGGGCCAAAUAUUUUACGGCCAAAGAUUGAGGACCCUGUGGCAAUAAUGGAAGGUACUGUUCUGGUGCAGCAGCUGAUGGCGGUGUUGAUCGGGGGGUAUGACGUGCUGUUCCCCCAAGAGGAGGGCGGUCCCACGGCGCUGGAGCUCUGCAACAACAACAACAACGAUCUGCGCAGGCCCACGGCCGGCCAGCUGCUCAACAAGGAGAACAACAACAGCCCUCCCGGCAACAGCGCUCCCAUCAGGCAGUGCGCCUGGGAGACGCCGGACUCCCCCCAGCGCUCGCCAAUGGACAACGGCUCCCCUCGCUCCGCCAGUCCCCGCAACGGCCUCGCCUCCACCGGCCGCUUCGACCUGACCCGCAGCCCCCCGCACACCCUCAAGAAGAACCCGGCCUUCAGCAAGGGCAGCGGCAUCGUCACCAACGGCUCCUUCAGCUCCUCCUCCACCUCCUCGGCGGAGACGGCGCAGGACAAGAGCCAGGCGCUGCUGCCCAGCUGUAGCUCCGGUCUGCAGCCGCGACGCAGCGGCGCCCUCAAGACCACCGGCACCAAGAUGGGCACCAGCGGGGGCGGGGGCGGCGGCGUGCGCAUGGGCGUGUCCAGCAGCGAGGUAGUGAACGGCAUGCUGAACGGGCGAGGGGGGCUGUGGCUGCCCAACGUGACGCUGCGGGAGGGCAAGGCGCGCGACGGCGAGCAGAACAGCCAGAACCGACUGUCCACCUACGACAACGUGCAGCUGCUGCAGACGCACGCGCACACGCAGUCGUCCUGCCUGAGCAGCAGCUGCGAGGACAAGCAGAGCGUGGACAGCGCCACCUGGUCCACGUCCUCCUGCGAGAUCUCGCUGCCGGACAACUCCACCUCCUGCCGCUCGUCCACCACCACCUGCCCCGAGCAGGACUUCUACGGGGCCCACUUUGAAGACGCCAUGCUGGACGGGCCCGAGCAGGAGGAGGGCGGCGGCGGCGGGCUGGCGCUGGUGGGCGAGCGGGUCAACAGCAGCGUGGGCAGCGGGAACGGCCGGGGCAGCCGCGGCACCAGCAGCAGCGACAACAGCGAGACGUUCGCCCCCAGCAGCAGCAUCAACGGGCCCAGCAACCACAGCGCCCUGCACAGCCUGGUGGCCAGCCUCAAGCAGGAGAUGCUCAAGCAGAAGACAGAGUACGAGGCACGGAUAAAGAGUCUUGAACAGCGUAACCUGGAGCUGGAGACUGAGAUGGUGAACCUUCAUGAGGAGCUGGACCAGGAGAGGAAGAAGUACACCAUGGUGGAGAUCAAACUGCGCAACGCUGAGCGGGCCAAAGAGGACGCCGAGAAGAGGAACGAGAUGCUUCAGAAAGAGAUGGAGCAGUUCUUCUCCACGUUCGGUGACCUCACCGCUGACCCCCGCCGGCCUGACCGGGCCAACACCAUCUGGAUCCAGUAGAAGUGUGGAGACAAUUGGACAGUACCAUCUGAACCCAAUAUUAGAGUGGUUCAAUCCUUUUUUUAAAGAAGGCGGCAGAAGGACAAUGCCACAUUUGCUCACCUUGGACAGAAGAGCGCGUUGUGACUGUUGCACUGUGGGAUACGCGUGGUCAGGUGGCUGGUUACCUGCCUGGCAGACUCUGAGCCUUAUGCUAUAGAGAGACUCCAAAGGAACUUUUCUGCGCAUAUUUCUUUGUGAUCCAAUCAAAACAUGUACGCCACAUCCUGUUACUGUCAAGUGUUGUCCUGUAUCUGCCUGUGUAUAUAGAGCAAAGCAAUGUUUCCGAAUGUCAAGAAGAAAUAUGUAUGUAAAAAUCAUUAAACUAAAGUAAUAUUUUAAUGUAUGUCUGGUAUUUAAACUGAGAAUUUAUGUUGCAGUACAAUUUUAUAUCAAGGCUUUUCCUUGCACUUAUGUUUUUUCAUUGUGGUACUGACAAGAACUUGGUGCUGGUUCUGUUUUUUCCUCUUGGUGUAUUGAUGGAGAUCAGUAACCCAAGGCUGUACUCUGUGUGCCCCUGAGCCCACCUUAUGACCAAAAACAGGAGAGAGAAAGCCUGUAAAUAUUUUAUAAAUCAUGGCACGUAUUUGGCCUUCAUUUGUUGUCUAUGCUGACAGGUGUUCAGUCGCUCCAAGCGAUAUUUUGCUUAAUAUUUGUUUUUGUUUUUGACGGUAAAGGUUUGGCUCAAAUGCAGAAACGUGUGUGAGGAAUGACAGUUUUACUGGAACAUCAUGAGCUGUUGUUAUCAGUGUCAAAGAAGCAAGUCCAUGUAUGUGGGGAACCAUGUGCUUUCUAGGGAUGUUUUGAAUUCCUCAACCCAACAGUUGAAGUCUGCUGUAGUGAAAUGCAUUCACCUGCAAUGAAAAUUAAAUUCUGUGAACAAUCCAUUUACAAA